ACUUGGAUGUGCUGGUCCCCACUAGAGUUGAGGGUGAGCACAUGUUAUACAAUUCCAUGGGAUAGCUUGACUUUAGCUUCUUACACUCUUCAAACUGAUUUAAACUUUUUGACAACCUAUAUACUGUCAAUCUUAUCCUCCGUUUAUCUCCACAUCGAAAUACAAGCCAUAUAUCAGCAUUCCCCGUAGCUUACCUUCCCUGCUACCAGCAAGCAUCCAUCAGCCAUCCCACAAGCAACAAAUCCACCAUGAAGAUCGCAGACCGCACAUACAUCAUCUCAGGCGGCGCCUCAGGCCUCGGCCUCGCGACAGCUCGCGACCUCCACUCCCGCGGCGCCUACGUCUCCCUUCUCGACCUGAACGCCGACUCAGGCGCCUCCAUCGCAACCUCACUCGGCUCGCGGGCCAAGUUCUUCGAAACCGACGUCUCGAGCACCGACUCCAUAGCUGCCGCAAUCAAAGGCACAUUCGAAUGGGUCGAAUCGACCGGCAAGCCGAUCGGCGGCGUUGUCGCAGGCGCAGGCGUCGGCCUCCCCGGCCUCAUCGUCGACAAGAAGAACGAGCCGCUGUCCAUCGAGAGCAUCGACUUCGUGCUGAACAUCAACCUGCGCGGCACGCUGGACCUGAUCCGCCAGGCAGUGCCGUACAUGACGACCGCGGCGCCCGAGGGCCCGGACGGCGAGCGCGGCGUCAUCAUCAUGAUUGCUUCGUCGGCGGCGUUUGAUGGCCAGAUGGGCCAGGUUUCGUAUGCGGCGUCGAAGGGCGCGGUUGCGGCGUUGACGCUCCCGCUUGCCAGGGAUCUGUCGAAGUAUGGUAUCAGGGCUGUUACGAUUGCGCCUGCGCUGUUCGAUUCGAAUAUGACGAAGAUGAUGAGUAAGAAGGUUAAGCAGAGCUUGGAGAAUGCGAUGGAGUUUCCCAAGAGGGCGGGUCAGCCGGAGGAGUUCGCGAGGACGGUUAGGGAUAGCAUCGAGAAUGGCAUGUUGAAUGGUACGGUGAUACGGUUGGAUGGUGCUAUGAGGAUGCCGGCGAGGCUAUGAUUGCGUUUGGUCUUGUUUGGCAGCAUAUACCAAUCACUUUUCAAAACGAUAUGAGAACAGAUAGUAGUAUGAGAGAGACAUGGGGUAUCAUUGUACUAUAGCUUUUUUGCGUCAUCAGAACGACCAAUUCAUUCCGUUCGAGACUUGGACAAUUAUCGCUUUCGU